UUUUUUUUGUCCUGUCCCUCUUACUCGUGCGUGUCAUAAAAACAGGUUUCUGUGCACACUUGUGUUUACUUUCAGCAAACCUAAGGGAAGAAUAUGAAGGCACCUGUUGGAAAAGCGCGUGGAAUUCCUCUAAAACCAAAGAGAAGGGUUCGAGAUUACGCCUCUUUCAUUUACAGAAGUCAUAAAGAGGCCGGCCCAAAUGCGGUGAGGAGUUCAGAGUUCCUGGCCUGUCGGCAGCUCCGUUUUCCCCAGCCGAUUCUCCUCAAACUGGUGAGCCUGGAGGCAUCUCGGCUGUCGAAGACCAACAGAUUAAAAGAGAUCACUCUACAAGAGAUCAGCGCUGCCGUCACACUUGUACAGAAAAGGAUUGGUUCCAGAGCUGCAGCAUGAAGAGAUGUACAUAAACUAGACAAUUUUAAUGUUAAAUAAAUAUAUUUUUUAAGUCUUUA